AUGCAUGAAACUGUUGGUAUUGAAGAACUACACUGUACAAAUUUAGAAGAAAAAGAAAUGAUUGCUGAUUUUACUCUAGUGAAAACUGAACCUACAGUAGAUGAUAUGCAUAAUCUAACAUCCAAUGAAACAAUCUGCAACUCAACGGAAAUGCAUGAAUCUAAUGGUAUUGAAGAACUACAGUGUACAAAGCUAGAAGAAAAAGAAAGGAUUGUAGAUUUCACUCUAGCAAAAACUGAACCUACAGUAGAUGAUAUGCAUAAUCUAACAUCCAAUGAAACAAUCUGCAACUCAACGGAAAUGCAUGAAUCUAAUGGUAUUGAAAAAUUACAGUGUACAAAGCUAGAAGAAAAAGAAAGGAUUGUAGAUUUCACUCUAGCAAAAACUGAACCUACAGUAGAUGAUGUGAAUCGUGCGGACAGUACACAAAAAACUUCUUUUGUUUGUGAUGUGUGUAAAAAGAAGUUUAAAUCAGAAUCACAUCUCGUGUGUCAUCAAGUUGUACACACAGCUGUACAGUUUUAUAUCUGCAGUCUCUGUGACAGAGAUGUUGGGAGCGCUGAAAUGUAUGAUGUACAUUUGAUAAAAAGACAUUUUUUGCCCAAACCAUUUAAGUGCGAGUUGUGUGACAAAUCAUUCAAAUUAAAACGUAGUCUAAGACUGCACAAGAGAUCACAUGUCAAAGAAUUAUUUCAUAAAUGUGACAAAUGCAACUAUCAAACACAUUCAAAGUAUCAAUUGAGAAGCCACGAGGUUUAUCAUUCUAACGUAAAACCCUACAAAUGUAGAUCUUGUGAUUACUCAUGUUUUCAUUUAAACAAGCUUAAUAGUCAUGUCAAAGUACACACAGGUGAAAAACCCUACCGCUGUAAUAUUUGUUACAAGAACUUCUCCCACCACGCCGGCUUAAAAAGACACAAAAAAGGUAAAGCUCAGGUGAUUAUAUCUAAUUCUAAAAAUACAAAGAAAAUGAUCUCCUGUGAGUUCUGCACUCAAGUCUUUGCUUGUUUCAAAAAUCUGUGUAAACAUUUAAAAAAAAAACACCCAGAGCUUCCUAUAAUAAAGUGCUGCUUCUGUGCUUAUUUGACUACGGAAGAUUUAAAGUUCAGAAAGCAUAAGUCUCAAUACCAUCCAAAUGAAAGACUGGCUUGUGAAUUCUGUGAAUUCACUAGCAGGCACUGGAGGAGAAUUAAAAAACACCACACCAGAACUCAUUUCACAUCAAACGAAACAAUCUGUAACUCAACACAAAUCCACAAUUCCGCUGGCAUUGAAGAACUAAAAAGUACACAACUAGAAGAAAAAGAAAAGUUUGUAGCCGAUACUGAAGUGAAAACUGAACCUAAUGUGGGAUUUUCAAAGUCUGAAGAAGAAUUGAACUCAGUUAAAGAGAGUGAUAAAUCUAUUUUGUGUGACAAAUCAUUUGCAUUCAAGCGUAAUCUAACAGCUCAUAGCAGAUCACAUGUAAAAGAAUUGUUUCAUAAAUGUGACAGAUGUGAUUAUCAAACACAUUUAAAAUGUAGUAUGAAAACACACAAAAGAAUUCAUUUAAAUAUGAGACCUUUUAUAUUAUUUCAUAAAUUCUCUGUUUAA